AUGGCUCUCACUCGUCUGGUCAACUUGGUAGAUGAGCCACUGAAGGCAGCAUUGUAUGCGCUCUUACUAUUGAUUCUGGGAUAUCCGGCACUGGUCAUUACUUACAAUCUCCUUUUCCACUCGCUUCGUAAGGUUCCUGGACCAAAAUUGUGGGCAGCGACACUCUUACCUGCCUACUACAAUCGUCUCCGUGGCACUGCAGUCUUUAGAAUCAAAGAGCUACAUGAUCAGUACGGGCCCGUUGUCCGUGUGGCACCAGAAGAACUCAGUUUUAUCGACGGUCAAGCAUGGAAGGAUAUUUACGGUUACAACACAGCCAACACUGUGGCUUUUGAGAGAGAUGCAUUGCAAGCCGGCCCCGAGGAGGCUGGAACGCCAGGCCUGCUCAGAUCAAAGGGUGAACAGCACAAUCGGCUGAGGCGAACUCUGAACCAUGCUUUCUCCGACAAAGCUCUAAAGCAACAGGAAGGACUCAUUAAGAAUUAUGCAGAUAUGCUCAUUGGUGUUUUGAACAGGCGAGCAGAGUUGCAAAAGAGUGAUCCUGACCGUCCGGAUGCCCAAAUAAACAUGGUUGAAAUGUAUCAUUUCACAACUUUCGAUGCCAUGGCAGAUUUGAGCUUUGGGCAGCCUUUGGGUCUUUUGAAGCAGAGAUACACUGCAUGGGUGUCGUUUCUUCUUUCACACGUAAAGUCUGUGGCCUAUAUGCACGCAAUCGCCAGAUGGCCAAUCCUGGCACGGAGUGUGAAGUACCUCCUUCCCAAGAGUGUGAAAGAGGGCCGUGAGGAAUUUUUCGGUUACUGCGUUGCGAAAGUCGAAGAACGCAUGGCUGUUCAAACAGAAAGACCGGAUUUCUGGAGUCUUAUCGUCAAAAAUCAGGACGAGAAGGGCAUUACUCGGCAAGAGAUGUAUGCUGUCGCCAGUGACUUUAUGGUGGCCGGCACCGAAACCACCGCAACGCUAUUGUCUGGCGCCACCUGGUAUCUUUGCACCUACCCGGAUAAGAUGAAAAAGCUCUGCGAUGAGAUCCGAUCUUUUGGGAGUGCUGAUGAACUCACCCUCCAAUCAUUGCAGAAUACAGUCUAUCUCCAGGCUGUUCUUCAAGAGUCUCUCCGUGUAUACCCGGCGGUGCCCGCUGGUGGCAUGCGACUUGUGCCUAAGGAAGGUUACACAAUUUGCGGAGAGUACUAUCCCGGAUAUUCAGGCCCAUUCGCCUCAGGAAGGGUGACAUGCUCGGUUAUGCCUUAUGUGGCAAAUCAUUCAGCUUACAACUUUCACAACCCAGACGCGUUUGUCCCAGAACGUUUCGUGCCUGAUCCACCAGCUGAGUACCGAGAUGACAAGAAGGGUGCCUUUAAACCUUUCGGCCACGGCCCACGGGUUUGCAUUGGUGAAAAUCUCGCAUGGCACAAUGCCCGCCUUAUCCUAGCCUACGUUAUCUACCAUUUUGAUAUCAGUCUUGUUGAUGAGAAGGACGUAUGGGUUGACCAGCCCAUUAUGGAGCUUUGGAUGAAGAAACCUCUUCUGGUGAAAUUAAGCCCAGUACAACGGUAG